UGCAGGUAUAAUAAAGCAAAAACUCCUCCCUUAUCACACAGAAGACAGGAAGAAGUGAGAAGUCAGCACCUAAAUCUGCUCGUGGUAAUGUAUUUGAAAACAAAUAAUAAGCAAGACAAUCAGUAAAAUAGACGUUUAUUUUUUAUAACAGGGAAUUUCUGAGUGUUUGCUGAAAGCGUUUGGAGCUAAAAGUACUGAACCUGAACUCUGGCUGAGCAAAUACACGUGAAUCUGUGAAAGUACGUUUGCAGUCUGACAGCCACAGGAAAAGUCAACAGAAUGGCUGCUAGAGCAUCACCAACAGAAGUGGAUUUCACCUGCCCCGUGUGCUGUGAGAUAUUUAAGGAUCCUGUUGUGCUGUUGUGCGGUCACAGCUUCUGUAAGCACUGUCUUAAGGAGUGGUGGAGACAGAGUGGACUGCAGACAUGCCCAGUCUGUAAGGAAAUAUUUCCAAUGGCUCAGCCUCCACGUAAUCUGGCACUGAGAAACCUGUCUGACGACUUGAGACAAGAGAAGAUCAAGAGAGCGAACUCAGGAUCCAAGGACAUCUGCAGACUGCACAGUGAGAAACUCAAGCUCUUCUGUCAGGAUGAUCAACAGCUCAUCUGUUUGAUUUGUAGAGAUGCACAAAAACACAAGACACACAACUGUGUGCCCAUCAACGAAGCAGCAGAACCCUGUAGGGCCCAACUCAAGCUUGAGACGUUGCAUUUAAAAACCAAACUGUGGAAAUUUAAAGCUCAUAAACUCAAGUGUGAUGAAAUGGACGUCCACAUCAAGCUCCAGGCUCAGCAGACUGAGAAGACAAUCAAAGAGGAUUUUCAGAAGCUUUACCAGUUCCUGCGAGCAGAGGAGGCUGCUAGGAUUGAUGCAGUGAGGAGAGAGGCGACAAUCAAGAGUGAAGCAAUGAACAUCAGGAUUUUUAAUUUGACGGUAGAGAUCUCCUCGCUCACAGACAAAAUCAAAAUCUUAGAGAGGGAGAUGAAAGAUGAGGACGUCUUCUUAAUGCUGAAUGUCAAAUCCACUAAGGAGCGAUCUCAGUGCAACCUACCAGACCCUGAGACUCCAUCAGGAGCCCUGAUUGAUGAGGCCAAACACCUGGGGAACCUGCUGUUCACAGUCUGGAUGAGGAUGAAGAACUUAAUCCAGUACACUCCUGUAACUCUGGACCCCAACACUGGUGGCAGUACAGUGAUUAUAUCCGAACACAUGACCCGUUUGACAGAAAGUGACAAGGAUCAGCCGCUUCCUGAUAACCCAGAAAGGCUGCGCAGCUAUGAGAUUCUUGGCUCUGAAGGCUUUAGCUCUGGAAAACACAGCUGGGAUGUGCAGGUAGAGGGCUAUUGGAGUGUUGGUGUGGCUGUUAAGGGUAAAACUAACAGAAACAUCUGGGGCAUCUACAUGUGCAGGUGCAAUGACAUUCUGCGUGAACUUACUCCAGAGGAUUAUAUGAAAGUUGUAUCUGAAGAUUCAUUUCCCCAAACGGUCAGAGUGCAGCUGGACUAUGACCAAGGGAUUCUAUCAUUUUUUGACCUUGUUAGGAAAACACCUGUACACACCAUCAAACACACUUUCACAGAAACAGUCUUUCCGUAUUUUGUUGAUAAUGCAAAAAUCCUUCCAGUUGAACUGUCAGUGAGGAUAAAAAAACCCAGAUAAACAUUCUGCGUUACUGCGGAGUUCAAACAACAAGAUGAGGCCUGAUCUAAAGAGUUUAUAUGACCUAUAGCAAAUCUUUGUUGCCACAUUUUUUAUUUCUGUAUAAUACAUUUUUCAUUCUUUAUUUUUACUUUUACAUAUUUAGUUUAUGUUUCUCAGAUUUCAGUAUAGUUAGGUUAAUCUUGAUCUAUAACUUUCUGACAUGUCAGUGACAAAGAACAUGUUAAACUUAGUGUUGUCAGUCAUCACGCAGGCUUUCCUGGUUUUCUAUUUGGUUUAGUCCACCUUAAAGGGACACUCCACUGAUUUUGAGCUUUGAAAGAUAUGGGCAUUUAGGAGGCAGGGAGGGUCUAAUGAAAGAUGCUAUGGGGUUGCAUUAUGGGAAAUGUAGGAUCCUGUCCUUUUGGAGGUUGACCCAUACUAGGGACUAAUAGUCGGCUUAUUUUAAUCUAGUUUUUGUGAGACCAACAACUUUAUGGAAGUACAGUACUAAAUCACAGAAUCCAUUGUAUGUUUUAAAGGGACUCAAUGCGAAAAAAAAAAUUGCUUGUUAAAAGUGACACCUGUGGACGUUAAGUCAACAACAGUCCGCGUUCUGUUGCUUGCGCUUGUGCUCGCGCUACAUAGACGGAAGCGACAUUGGUAAAAACAGUGAGGCGACACACACGAGACUGAAUGUUAUUGACAGGCAUGAUGUUGAUUAUCAGUAGCAACAUUAGCAAAAAAACACAAUAUCACUAUAUACUCACUAUCACAUGCUUGGCAGUAAUGUUAGCCCUCCAUGAAUCGAAAGCCCGGCCGAUGUUAAUCCUAGCGUUAACUUUUCCUGCUUCAGCCUCCCGACUGCUUUCAGAAGGCACAGUGGGAACACCGUAGUUUUGGUCUCCUGAGCCGGAGAAACAAGAUGCGGGAAACCUCUAUUGGUCUUGAGGAGCUGCAACAUUUAUUUCUGCACAAACUGCAACUUCCACUGUACAUUUACUUGCUAUUAUCAGAGCUAAACUAACUCUCUUCUGCUCCACUGCUCGCUUGUUUUCUCACACACUUGUUGCCGCUCUCUCUCUCUUGCUUCACCACUCACUUCCCCUGUACACACACACACUUCCACAACACUAGUAAUAGGGGUAAGGCUGAAUAUCUGAAUCUGUCGUAAGUUUCUUGUUCAUCAUUUUGUGAUAUACUGUAAAUGUAAGGCGAAUGAAACAUACUUUUGGAGUUUAUGUAAAAAUGUUAUCAGACUAUGAUUAAGACAAUUUUCCUGUUGUCAUAAUGUUUCCCUGUUUUUGCGGAGUUCUUGCUUAUGUGAACUGAUGGUCUAAGGAUGGAGGGUGUAGGCCACAGAUUUCUUUUUUUUUUAAUUAUUUUUGAGUUAAAUUUGGGAUUUGGGGCUUUAUAUGAAAAGUGACUUAACUUGUACGUGCUUCAAUAUCAGUCAAAAUGUAUAUCAAGUAUUUAAAGUAAUUUCUUAGAGAGCUCUUUUGGUAUACAUGUCAACUGUUGUGUAAUGAAGGCAAUAGUCAUAUGAUGCUAGCAUCUAGUGUGUUAUGGUCCAAUUACGGAUCAUGCAUGGAGGGUGUCCAUGCUGAUGACUGAAAAAUGUAAACUAUAAUCCAUCUAAAAACAAACAAAUAAACAAAAAUACAGCUCUCA